CUUACAUUAUGUCACACGAGAUUGCCGAGUGAGACCAAUCGACUUGGGACUCAUCCCCAUGUUCAGUCUGAGAAAAGCGAGUGUUCGCCGAGGCAGACUCUGAUGCGUAGGGGUCACCGCUGCACCCCGAAGCCGGAACCCACCAUGUGGAGCAGAUGACACCUUUCUUUAAAACCGACAUCGCGAGCCGAAAACGCCAAGGGGUGCAAUGGGCGACCAGUACAGACUGUUGGCCCGCGCUGCUCCAGCGCCUGCUACUCACCGAGACUCUUCUGCGUUUCCACCACCAGUCGACUCACUGGCUCAUGAUGAGAAGGCCCCAUCCGUCGCAGCCACUAAGCUCUACCUCGAAGCCGCGACGUUCCCUGCAGCAGUCCUCACCCAAAAAGCUCGCUCUGUCUCCAAGAGAUUCGUGGCGGUCGUUGUAGCCUCGCUCUUCGCAUUCACCCACUUCGCGCUGCUCAACUUCCGGUCUAUCCCCACCAGACCACAUCUCACGCGCCUCCCGAUCAAUGCUGACACCAUCCUCGCGCGAUGCCGCACGCUCCAUGCGAAGCCGGUGCCUCCCGGGCCCGAGUACUACGCGCGCAGACAGUCGGAUCGGUUUGAGCCCGGGACGCGUGCGGUCUUGCUGAGGAACGCGACGAUCUGGACGGGACGCGCCGACGGGCUCGAGGUGGUGCGCGGUGAUAUGCUCAUGGACGGGGGCGUCAUCGUCAGUGUCGGAGAUGUUCCGGCGGCACUGCUGGUGGCAGGCGAAUACGACGUGUUGGACGUUGCGGGUGCCUGGGUCACACCUGGACUUGUCGACAUGCACGCUCACUUUGCAGUCGAUCCUGCGCCGGUGCUCAGCGGCGCGCGGGACGGCAACUCGAACCGAGGUCUCGUUCUGCCCUUCCUGCGUGCGGUCGACGCCUUGAACACUCACGAUGAGGGUUUUAUCAACUCGAUGUCGGGCGGUGUGACCACCGCUCUGGUUAUUCCUGGGUCCACCAAUGGAAUCGGCGGUCAGGGCUUCACGAUCAAAUUGCGACCUACCAAAGAGCGGUCCAGCUCGGCCAUGCUGGUUGACUCUCCUUUGACGCUGAAUGGGUCUGCCAUUGAUUACGAAGCGCCCCUACGUUGGAGGCACAUGAAACACGCAUGUGGUGAAAAUCCAUCUAGAUACUUCGAUGUUGUUCGGAUGGACACCGUGUGGGCCGUCAGACAAAUAUACGACCAAGCUCGACAAAUCAAGAACGCGCAAGAUGGAUUCUGUGAACGCGCUUUGGCCGGUGAGUGGGAAGGUCUUGGCAACUUUCCCGAAGAUUUGGCUUUGGAGGCUUUGGUCGACAUUCUUCGAGGAAGAUUCAAGGUCCAAACCCACUGCUACGAAGCCGUGGACAUCGAUUACUUUGUGCGCUUGACCCAGGAGUUCCAGUUCCCCGUCUCGGCCUUCCAUCAUGCUCACGAAACGUAUCUGGUCCCUGACCUCCUGAAGAAAGCAUACGACCACGCGCCUGGUUCUGCCAUUUUCUCGAGCUUCUCGCGGUACAAGCGCGAAGCAUACCGGCACUCGACUUAUGCAGCUCGGAUCCUCGCAGACAACGGUCUCAAGGUUGCCAUGAAGAGCGAUCAUCCCGCCAUUCCAUCGAGAUUUCUUUUGCAUGAGGCUCAACUUGCUCAUUACGCAGGGCUGAGCACCGGUCUCGCAUUGGCCUCGGUGACUACAACGCCUGCUGAGCUGAUUGGACUGUCCCAUCGCGUGGGUUUAAUCAAACCUGGCUAUGAUGCCGAUGUUGUUGUUUGGGAUUCACACCCCCUUGCACUGGGAGCAGCUCCAACUCAGGUCUAUGUUGACGGCAUCCCGCAGCUGUCCAAGCCGUUCUCAGUCAAGAAACCCGCGUCAUCUCAGCAUGCUCCGAAAACACCCAACUUCGACCGAGAGAGAGCGGACGCGAUCAAAUACGAGGGCCUGCCUCCCCUUGAGCCGGAGGUGCGUACUCCGGAGUCGAUCUUGUUCCGGAACGUCUCGAGUCUGCUUGUGGACGGGUUCGCCUCCUUCGCGGCUCCGGGCGACGUGCUCGUUAAGGAAGGUGUGAUUGUGGCUGUAUCGGGCGCAUCGGCACUCGACUCUCGUGGCGCGCGCAUUGUUGAUUUGGAAGGCGGGAGCAUCAGCCCUGCGAUGGUCUCCGUUGGCACGAUCAUGGGCUUGGAGGAGAUGUGGAGCGAGGAUUCGACAGGCGACGGGGCUGUCUUUGAUCCGCUGAUGGGUCACGUCCCUUCUAUUUUGGGAGAAGACACUCUGAUACAGGCGUACGAUGGACUGCAGUUCGGGUCCCGCAAUGCGCUUUUGGCAUACCGCGAAGGCGUCGCCACGGCUAUCGAAGCACCAAAGGGCUACAAGUUCAUGUACGGACUCAGCACGUCGUUCUCGCUUGCUGCGCGGCAUAAGCUGGAGAAAGGCGCGGUUGUGCAGGAGAUCGCGGCGCUGCAUGUUUCUGUGACGAUGGGCAACUCGGACGAGGCUUCGGUCAGCACCCAAAUUGCGACUCUGAGGCGGCUGUUGUUGGACCCUCCCAAGAGCUACGGAUUCAAGCAGGUCGUCGAGGGAACUAUACCCCUGGUCGUUGACGUCAACAGCGCAGACAUCAUCGCAAGCCUGCUCGCCCUGAAACGCCAGGUGGAACACAAACACGGCAACGCCAUCAACGUCACGCUCUUCGGAGGAUCGGAGGCUCACUUGCUUGCCAAGGAAAUCGCUGAGGCCAAUGUCGGGGUAGUGCUCGCUCCGGCCCGUAGCUUCCCUCACACGUGGGAAAAACGCCGGAUCCUUCCGGGGCCGCCAUUAUCCGCAGAAAGCUCUGCGGCGUAUUUGCAUAGGCAUGGAAUCACCGUCGGACUCGCACCUCAGGGUAUCGAGGGAUUGCCCCUGAUGACUGGCUGGGCCGUUCAUAAUCUGCGCUUUGAUGCGGGCUGGGUUUUCAUUGAAUCCGGGGGUGCUGUCUCGAAGGAGGCUGCGCUGGCCAUGGUUUCGACGAAUCUCGAGAAGCUGCUGGGAGUGUCUGCGUCGGCAAACGGGAGCACCGAGUUUGCCGCGACGAAGGGCGGGGAUUUGUUCAGCUUCGAAAGCAAAGUUGUAGCCAUGAUAUCUGGCAAGCGGGGGCUCGUUGACCUGCUGUGAAGACAUCUUGUUUUACGGCAUAUAUAACGAUAGUGGAUAAUUUGAACACUGAGAUUGUAGGUACUUCAAGUAUGCAAACCCCUGGGCUCAGGCUUAGGCUGCGAAUGAUGCACUUCAGAAGAGCAGUCGAUCCAUACACCACUGUAUACGCACGCGCACAGUCAUCGAUUUCACCGGAAGAAUGCCCCGGACAAAACCCAUGAAUUGUGGGUCAGGACAAGAUACGUUCGGGCCAAAAAGUAUGGGAUUUCACAGGUCAUCGGUUUCACGGGGUAUCUAUGGAAUUACAGCUACGUGCUAGAGCAAGUUGACGAGCCCCUCUCCCAUGUCGUUGGUGUUGUACCCCCACCGAUCGGGCCGAGUCUGGAGGUACACGACCCCGUCCUCAAUCACGGUCUCGGUCGUGCUGUUGGUCUUGGGUAGGACGCGGAUACGGAACGUUUUGGACUCGAUGGUCUCCUGGAGACCCUCCUGGAGCAUGUCGUCGUCCUUGAAACCUGGAGAAUCAUGUCAUAAUCAGUGGGCCGCUGGGAUGGCGUCAGAUGGGACCCACCCUGGCGCUCAAGCUGGUACUGCAGACCCUGGAAGUAGCGGAGCACAAUCCCGCCGAAACCAGACUCCCAGUCCUUGGAGUCAGUGAUCCCCGUGGAGAGGGCUUUGUAGACCUCCUCGAAGUUGGGGUCCAGUGUAAACUCGGCUCCGAGGAUCUUGCUGAUGGCCUCCUUGCACUCGUCGAUCUCCUCGUCGUACUUGUCGUCAAUCGAGUGUUUGGCCGACAGAGAGAAGCCCGCGGUUUCGACGCCCUCGACUGCGGGAAGGAUCGUGCUUUCUUGCCAGCUGCGGAUGGGAUAUCAGUACACAUAGUGUGUCGGCGUGCGCAAGGGCAACGUACUUUUGGUUGUAGCCGAGACGGUCGUGGCGGAAGAGAAUGCGGUAGACACCAUCCUUGACAUCGGCGCUAAUGGUCUCGCCCUUGUCACCGUUGGGGUUCACCUAACAAAGGUUUAGUAUGGACACUAUUAGAAUCAAUCAUACAAUCCACCUCGAGGGUGAUCUCAGACUGUUUGACGGCAUCGUUGAAAUACUGCUUCCCGUUGUCGCCAUAAGUCUUGAGGAAGCUCUCCAGUCCAGUCACGAACCCCUCGAAGUAGCUGGAACGCGAUGAUUAGGCGCUAGGCCAAUUCGCCAAUCCACGAGCCUCAGACAUACCCAUUGAAGCAGCUGCCCGCGGACGUGUUGCCGUCCUCAGCAUAGGCCCACACCUCGCCUGGCUUCACACUGAUGGUAUACUCGGAUCCAAGUGCCGUCUUGAUGCGCUCUUGCAGCGCCUCCUUCUUCGAAUCAAAGUUAUCUCGGACUGAUAAUAGUGAUAAGAUUACCCCGCAUAAGCUAGGUGAUCGGAUGUGGGGACGCACUAUCUUUGCGAACGGCGAGCGGGAGCUUCUCGAUGGCAGGCUUGGGCGACCAGGCGGGAGUCUUGGGCAUCGUGCUGUAGAAGUGCUGUAGAGAGUUGGAAGAGGCGUCGGUCGUUGCUGCUCUUGCCUAGAAAUUCAGCAAGUCUUUAAUACGCACUCGCUUAGGCACAGAGCCUCCUUUCGACUGAUCAACUGAUCAAUCGAAUAUCAGUCCGGGCGCGACAGGACGUCCAUGUCCACGUCGAGAUGUUUAGGACCCGUUUGGCAGGCCAAAGCCAAGAGUCUUGGUCAGGAGGGACCGCAAUUGAGGGAACGUUUAUGAUUCUGUAGUGUCUAGGGACACGAGCUGUAGAUUAUGACACCAAAUUGAAAUGGAUGGUCUAUUGGUCGAA